CGUACAAAUCUUUGACCUCUAUCUGCUUCCCUCCUCUUUUUCCAGUUUCUUCAUUGGUUGACUCCUCUAUCUUCAAUUUUUCUUUCGCGGACCUUGCUUUCUGUUUCUUCUCUGCCUUCUUUCUUCUGGGUUCCCUGAUUUUGGUUCCAGGAUUCUCAAUUGGCGGGAGCCAACGGUCAAUUAUGUGGUUUUAGGAGGUGGGUUUCUUUCAAUUUUGAUUUUGGAUUUGGAUUUGGAUUUGGGAUUGGGAAACGGUUGAAUUGUUGGGAGUUUUGAUGGCUAACCCAUCUGGGAACCAUCAAGAAGCUGGCCAGCCCUCGUCUUCCUUCGAUGGAGGGAACCCCAGCAAUGGUAAUUCCACCCCAGUGCCUGCAGCGGAUAGUUCCAGCUCCGCUCUUGCGAUGAAGCACAAUCCUGGUAUCUCCACGGAUUGGACAUCUGAUGAGCAGCUCACACUGGAAGAAGGCCUUAAGAAAUAUGCCGGAGAGUCCAGUGUUAUUCGUUAUGCAAAGAUUGCUAUGCAGCUACCAAAUAAGACUGUACGAGAUGUUGCCUUGCGUUGCAGAUGGAUGAAUAAAAAAGAAAAUAGCAAGAGAAGGAAGGAAGAACACAAUUUAACAAGAAAGAAUAAAGAUAAGAAGGAAAGAGUAUCUGACCCUUCAAUGAAGUCAGCACAGGUUGCAGCUAGGCCUAAUGUGUCUCCUUAUGGAAUGCCUAGGAUUCCCAUGGACAAUGAUGACGGCGUCUCAUAUAAAGCUAUUGGUGGUACAACUGGAGAGCUUCUUGAACAGAAUGCACAUGCCAUGAAUCAAAUAUCUUCUAAUCUUGCAUCUUUUCAGAUACAAGAUAAUAUCAGUCUCUUCUGCCAAACGCGAGAUAACAUCCUCAAAAUAAUGAGCGACUUGAACGAAAUGCCCGAAGUAAUGAAGCAGAUGCCGCCUCUUCCAGUGAAGGUGAACGACGAGUUAGCGAACACAAUCCUGCCGCCGACCGCUCACUCUAUGCAAUCAUGAAAAGUCAUCAACAACACAAUCUCCCUUUCAAAUUACUUCCUCAAGCAAGGAAAGGAAAGGGAAGGAAAGGAAAGCAUUUUCUGCAUAUGAAUGAUCAAAUUGUUUAGUUGCUUUAAUUCGAGUCCACAAAGUUGUUGGUUCCUCUUUUAAUUUAUUUCUUCUUUUUUGUUGCUUUAUAGCAUAUAUGGAUUCAUACAUUAGUUUGAAGAGGUAGAUUGUAACUUAGAUGCUGUGUAAUAAUUAGGAAUGCUUUUCUUUCUAAUGCUCUCGCAAAAAUGAAAAGUCAUAAUAAACAAUA